AUGCCGCCUCCCGUUCAAUCUGCAUACAAGCGAAUCGCCAAACCUACGGUCGGCGAAAAUGGAUACCAAGACCGUCAAAUAGGAAAGUCCGAAGUCCUUCCUAGCGGCUGGAACGGAUUCAGUGGCAAGGCCCUCGAGAGCGACAUUCGCAUUGACCACGAUGUGGAAAUCGUGGUUCGCGAUGGGGUACGUCUUUACGCAGACGUAUACAGACCUGCUGGCUCAACGGAGAAAGUCCCCGCCAUCCUCAGCUGGUCUUUCUAUGGAAAGAAGUACAGUGCGUUGGAUAUGCUGCCUAUGACGACCUGGCAUUGUUGUGUGAAGCCCGCGGAGCUCAGUGGCCUUGAAAAGUUCGAAGGCCUAGAUCCGCAAGCCUGGUGUCCACGCGGUUACGCAAUCGUGAGCGUUGACACACGAGGCUCCGGGCAUAGUGAUGGACAGAUCUGUGUGAUGGGGACGCAAGAUGCGGAGGAUGGUUAUGAUGUGGUCGAAGCGAUUGCUCGGAUGGACUGGUGCAAUGGCAGCGUUGGCAUGGCUGGGAAUUCCGCAUUGGCUAUUUCUCAGUGGUUUAUCGCUUCCCAACAGCCCCCUUCUCUCAAAGCCAUCGCACCAUGGGAAGGAUCUGGCGAUAUCUAUCGUGAACAAUUCUGCCGGGGCGGAUGGUUUUCCAUGAGCAAUUUCGAUCUUAUUGCAAAUGCCAUUGUUCGGGGCCCUGAAAAUUCUGGCCUUGAAGACUUUGAGGAAAUGUACCGUCGAUCUCCCGUCUCCAGUGCGUUCUGGGAAGACAAAAGGGCGAAUAUCUCAAAGGUACAGUGCCCUGUGUUCAUUCGCGGAUCAGAUGUCAGUUCCAUUCACACUAUGGGCUCUAUUCGAGGAUUUUUAGAGGUCCCUCAUUCCGAGAAAUGGAUCCAGUGGGGAAGUAAGCAGGAGUGGUAUGAGCUGUAUAGUGUGCCGGAGUCCACGGAGGAGUUAACUCUCUUCUUCGAUCGAUACUUGAAAGGCAAGGACAAUGAUUGGGAGAAGACUCCCAAAGUGCGAUGGUCGGCUCUGCAAUUCGGAGAUUGUGAAGCGAUCGACGACAUCGUUCUUGAAGAUUUCCCAGCGCCAAACACUGAGUAUCGAGAGUUUUUCUUCGGGGAAGAUAACAAUCUAUGCACCCAACCGCCCUCCAAGAGCUAUCAACUAUCAUAUGAUUCUGAAGACCGACACAGUGUCGCCGAAUUCAACCACACAUUCGACAAGCCAGCACGUCUAAUCGGCCUGCCCAAAGCAGUUCUGUACAUGUCCUGUGAAGAUCACGACGACUUCACAGUCUUCGUGAUACUGCGUAAGAAAGACAAGAAUGGCAAGGAUCUGAUGCAUCUUAACUUCCCAUUCCACGCCACUCCGGUCAAGUCAAUCGAUGAUAUUCCUGAAACGGAGCAAGCCAGUCUCAAUCUUCACCUGGGAUCAACUGGAAUUCUACGUGCUUCAAGUCGAGAAAUUGAUGCGUCUAAGAGCAUCCAUCCGCAGUUCCCUUUCCAUCCUCAUAAGCAGCAGCAGAAGAUUCCCCCAGGUACGAUUGUGAAGUUGGAGAUUGGUAUUUGGGCGAUGGGUGUAGAUUUCAAUGCUGGAGAGUCAAUUAGUGUGAAGAUUGGUGGACAAUACCCGAGCAUCGCGGAGUACAAGACGUUUUCACGACCACGGCCCGAUCACGAGUUGAACAGAGGAAGACAUACCGUCCAUUCUAGCGAGGAAUACCCAAGCGCAGUCAUUCUUCCUUUCAUCUAG